UAAAACCAAAAAACUUGCAAGACUUCACUUCGACAUGAUCAAUUAUCAAACCCUUAUUCCUCCACCAACAACGGACCGACUUCUUCUUCCUCUUCUUGUACCACAACCAUCAAUGGCUGUAACAUGUUCUUCUUCCACUCACAUCUCAUUUCUGAAAUCGGGUCUAAUCACAAAGCCUGUCAGCAAAUCUCCGAUGCUUAAAGUCAGUCAAGUUCCAGUCAAGAGAACAACUAGAGUACUGCAGAUCAAAUGUUCCAUCAAAAACAAGGUUUUUGAGGAUCGGUCUAAUGGUAUUAUCUGCUACAGCGAUGAAAGUGGGGAAAUAAUUUGCGAAGGAUACGACGAAGGUCCCCGCCUUCAACAGCAGAUUCCAAUGACAGCUUGCCAUCCAAGAGAUGUGGAGAUCUUCGAUCUUCUUCUUCAACAGAGUAGGCUUCAGAUUGUAAAAGGCAGUGGAUUGAACCAUGCUGACGAAGAAAGUGUUGCUGUUCACAAGGACUUCAAUUGCAAUGGCUUUAACUCUUUCUGCUGAUCAGCUCACAACUUUUGUCAAUUCUAUAGAUAUCUCCACAUCUAUGUGUUGUACUAUGUGUAAGGCAGGCAAAUACAUUAAUCAUAGAAUGUGAAUAUAUAUAUAAAUGCACCUGUUUUUAUUUGUUGAA